GACUUGGUUUUGUUUUUAGGAUUCCAGUUCUGUGAUGGAGUGGGCCCAGUGUCCUGGUGAGAGGUCUCAUCAGCUUCUGGAUGCACAGCAAAGCUAUGAGACUGAGUGGGAUAUGGUCAACACGGUGUCCUUUAAGAAGAGAGCUUGUUCAAAUGGAGAAGGCUCCCUGAACCACAGCAAUGAGAGGAGCAAGUGGGCCAUUACCUUCAGCGUCUGUGACCUCUGGUCCAUCACAGUGAAGGAAGAAGGAUGGACGUUUUUGGUCUUCAAACUGAAGGAUUCAUCUCUGCCUCUACCGGCCUUUCACUUCCACCAGGGUGGAAGUACAGCGUUUCUGGACAGCCUGAGAAGAUUUGUGUUGGUCAGCGAGGCUCCAGAUGAUGAAGCAUGUCUGAUGGUCAGCACGCCAAACAAGGCUUUGUCACAGUCUUUUGAGAACCUUCUGGAUGACAACAGUUAUGGCCUUGUUAAUAAGUUCAAGAAGGACCCAUAUGUUGCAACGCUGGGUGGCUUCUCCAAGGUCACCAACUAUAUAUUUGAUGCUCUCCGUGGGUCAGAGGAGCAGCACCAGCGGCCUCCAGAGGAAGUGGCCGACCUGCUGGGUGAAGUCAUCCCUGGACUUGAGAUCAACCAGCAGGAGGAGCCAGGCUUUGAGGUCAUCACCAGGAUUGACCUGGGAGUGAGGCCUCAUGUCCAGAGGAGGGCUCCAUUGUCUGCAGAGGAUUGGACCAAACACCAGGAUCCAGAUGGAAGAAUGCUCAGUGUUCCUCACCUCAAGGAAGUCAUCUUCAAAGGGGGACUGUGUCAUGCAGUGCGGAAAGAAGCAUGGAAGUUUCUGCUGGGUUAUUUCCCGUGGGACAGUUCCACAGAGGAGAGGAAAGCCCUGCAGAGAACUAAAACUGACGAAUACUUCAGGAUGAAGCUGCAGUGGAAAUCAGUCAGCGAGGAACAAGAGAGGAGGAACUCCAAAUUGAGAGACUACAGGAGUCUGAUCGAGAAAGAUGUGAACCGAACAGACAGAACAAACAGAUUCUAUGAAGGCAUCGAUAAUCCCGGUCUGGUCCUGCUCCAUGACAUCCUGAUGACCUACUGCAUGUAUGACUUUGACCUGGGUUAUGUCCAGGGAAUGAGCGACCUGCUGUCACCAAUCCUCUAUGUGAUGGAGAAUGAAGUGGAUGCAUUCUGGUGUUUUGUCUCCUUCAUGGAUCAAAUGCACCAGAACUUUGAGGAGCAAAUGCAGGGCAUGAAGACUCAGCUGAUUCAGCUCAGUACUCUGCUGCGGCUCUUGGACCUGGCCUUCUGGAACUACCUCGAGUCUCAGGAUUCUGGUUAUCUGUAUUUCUGUUUCCGCUGGUUGCUGAUCCGCUUCAAGAGGGAGCUCAGCUUUCAGGAUGUUCUCCGACUCUGGGAAGUGAUGUGGACAGGUUUACCCUGCCAAAACUUCCACCUUCUGGUCUGCUGUGCCAUCCUGGACUCGGAGAAACAGAAAAUCAUGGAGGAGAACUAUGGCUUCAAUGAAAUCCUCAAGCACAUUAAUGAACUUUCAAUGAAACUGGACAUUGAAGAAAUUCUUCAGAAGGCAGAGGGCAUCUGUCUGCAGAUUAAAGGUUGUAAGGAUUUGCCUCAAUCGGUAAGUAACAUUCUGGGCUUUGGUUUGGAGGGAUCACCAUCUGAUACGACAGACUCGGGGUCUCCCGCUGCGCCCCGACCAACACAGCGGCAGGAAGCCUGUGCCAAUGGCCACACCCACUUACAGGAGAGCUCUCAGAGCAGCUGUAAAGCGCUCUUCGUAUCAUCGUGAACAGUCAGUUCAACCACAGACUGUGGUCAGCGUGACGCUGGUCGUGUACCGCCAUGUGAUCCAGUUUCCCAGAGGAGAGGAUGUACAAAGGAUUUAUGAUUACCCAGAACCUUAUUUUUGUAAUUUCUUGUACCAUAUUUUUUCUUUCAUUGCAAGCCAUUCCUUCGCUCUCGCUGAUGUUUUGUAAGAUGAGCAAAGAACUUCAUUUUGUGGCCGAUAAUGUUUUAGUUCUGGAAUAAAUCCAGUCUCAACAUUUUGAUCAAUAUUAUAUUUUGGCAGUUUGAGAGACUAUAAUUAUUUUGUCACACGGAGGCCUGAUUUAAAAUUUUCAGCUGACAGAUAAACACAGUUCCAGAUGUUUGCCCAAUAUAUCAGGGAGCUCAGCCAUUUGUUUUUAUUGUUUUGUGACAUGAAAACAAAAUGUAAAAGUCCAAAUUGAAAACAAAUCUUAACAUGAUCUAAAAAUGUGCAUAGUACCAAGGUAAAGCAUAACACUUUCAGCUAAAUAUUGACAAAAUGGUUGUUGACUAUUCUUUACACUUAGUUCUCUGAGUACAUGGUGCUGCCGCACAUCACCGCAUCCACCACGCUGCUCCGGGUCUCAGCUUGCCACCAGUCCUUCUCCAUCUCAUGGAAGGUGUGCACCAGCUGUGUAAAAACAGGCUUAGGUUUCAGAAAGCAUGUGUGAUACUCUGAGGUCAUUUGCAACAAAGGUUUUUUGGUCUUAUAAGAUCAAAAUAGAGCCUUUUGGACAUCAGAAUAAAAGCUGUUUAACUAAGUAGUAUGAAAUAACUACGUAUUGUGGUGGCAACAUCAUGCUGUGGUGACGCUUCUCUGCUGGACGUCCUCAGAAGCUUGUUUAGUUAGACAGUAAUAUCACUGCAGUAAAACACAGAAAUCCUGCAGGAAGCACUGAUGCAGUGUGCAAGACCAUGAAGAACGAGUGACAAUGAACACGUCCGCAGUUCAGCAUUUUAUUUAAUAAAUUAAAUUUAGAUCAUGUUGGGAUUUGUUUUUAAUUUGACAAGAUCAUAUUUUUAAAGACUAUGAAGGUUAUUUUGGGGGUGUUCUUUUGGUUUGUAAAACAUAAAAACUUAAGGGCCUCAGUACUUUUUUUAUAGAUGCUAUUUCUUGCUUAGCUUCUGUUCAGUAUUUUAAAUUGGUUGUUCCAUGUGAAAUGGAAUAAAGGAUUAUCUAAAAAGAGCA